AUGCGUGCUGUGGGGACGAGUUUGCCUCCGCAUGUCCCUGGUAACAUCCAGGGCUGGCUCCACGCAGAGCUCUUGGACUUCACCGAUGCAGUUGGAGCAGCUCAACCGGCGCAGGGCGCCUUGGAGUGGUGGGGCCAAGACACGGUGGAUGUGCUGCUCGAGGUGAAGCACCCACCAUGUCCUGGGCGAGGUGAGGUGAGCCUAGGUGGGAACGUGGAGUUUCCAAUUCGUUCCUCACCCAAACGUUUCAUGGCGUACAUACAGGAUAUGCAAUUCUUGCGCGUUCAUAUUUACCAUGCUGGCCAGACAAAUAAACCAAUGGGCUUGUGCGAAAUAAACGUGCUGCCGUUCCUUCGUGGGCCAGAUUCAGAUUACAAGCUUCAGUUGGAUGGCUACUUCCCGGUGGUGCGAAGUCAUUCCGAUCGCAUGGUGAUAGGGCAGCUCCGCCUAAUCCUUCACACUGAAUGGAGCGAGCAUGCAGAGCUGAGAUCCAAGCAGGAUGCUUUGUCAUCCUUCGAAGCGCAUGAGUUGAAGGCGAAGCUGGAAGAAUCUCGACCAGCUCCGGGACUUCCAAUGGAGCGCUGCAAAAACUGUGGCAGCGAUCUGGAGGCCACUUGCCGCUUUUGUGGUCAAUGUGGGGUCCGUCACUUUCUGGAUGAGGCUCUUCAGUCAGUGCAGGGACUGCAUUUGCAGGUCCAUUUGUGUGGCAUGCGGCUGAGAACAUCCGCGCUCCGGAAGGAGGAAGGGGGCAUGCCACGCAUCACCAUCACAUAUCGAUUAGGAGCCAAGGAAGAGGUGUCGGUCACUGCAGUGCUUCAAGAACUUCAAGAACUUCAUGAUGAAGAUCAUGUCGAUCAUGAAGCUUGUGCCCUUCUGGGUUCGGUUCGAACCUCCAGCAUGCCAAUUUGGCCAGAGGGAGCAGGAGAGGUGAGCCGACUCUGA